AUGACGCCAAAACAAUCAUCGGUGAUGAAGGACAUCAAGGAGUAUCAGGCGGAGAACGACGACAUGUUUCAAUUGGAGUUGACAUCAUUUUUGUAUUCGAUUCCGAAAUCUCCAACUACACUUGUCCCAAAACCUUCUUCUACCGCUGAAGUCUCCCCUAAAAUCGUUGAUGUACUCGGAGAUGUCAACAUUCACCACUUCCGAAGAAUCCAUCGCCUUCAAUCAAUUCUGGGAUCAGUCUCAGUUGUCGGUUCAUCCGAUGGAACAAUCCACAUGUUCUCAGUGGAUUACAUCUCCCGAGGACUCGGAACCGUUGUUGAGAAAUACUCCAGAAUCACGAAUGUCAAACGAAAUGGAAUCGAAGAAGGUGCGAUUCGGACACUGUUGAAUUACUCUUCACAUGCUGAUGAUAAGAAGACCACUCAGACUCUGUUCCGAGCUUCUCAGGUGUCUCUAACAUACAAUUCGGACUCUGAGAUUUACCAUGGUGUCUCUUCAAAGUGUCGCCUUCUUCAUGAUGUUGAUGGUUUUAAAGAGGAAAUAAAUGGAUCCUCAAAUGGUUCUCAAUCUCACACACUGGAAUUUGGUGUUGUGCAAGAUGUUGAUCAUCUUGAUGCAAUUGGUGCUAUUGGUUUCAUCCCGCUUCUAUAAACAUGAAAGUGGACAAGGAUAAAAGAACUGGACACUUAUUUUUUUUCAAAGUUGUUUAUCUUAAGAACAAAACCAGGAACAAAACAGAUGCAUAUUCAUCGAGCUGUUGUAGUGUUGUUGUCAGUGACCUUUGUGCUAAUAUUUGGAGAGAUAUAUAACUAGUUAUUAGUGUUGUAUUAUAUUCCUUUUUACAUGAUCACGACUAAAGUAUUAUAAUAUAAUAGGUAAUUCCACAAGCAAUACCAAUAAGAUAUGGGCUUGUUGUGGGUGUUAAUUUUAUGGGGCUUGUCUUUGUCUUGAUGAUUGUUUACUAUCUCAAUGCUUAUCAUGUCGGAAAGGUAAUUUCUAAAGUGUAGUUGAUUAUUAA